AGUCCAUUCCGCCUUCGCGGGAAAAUCCUCUCGCAAGCUGCACGGAUGCGCGCGCACGGAACGUACGAAGCGGGUAUAAAAUGUGUGCGUGACCAUCUUGCCAGCCAGUCCCGUAGUCUCACAAGAAGGAGUCGUGCGUGUGCGUGGGAUACGCGUGGGUUGGUGAAUCGCGUUCAGCGGCAAGUGGAGCCCGAGUGUCGCGAACGUGGUGAUCACGUGUAUCCGUGUGGGACUACCGGUCGAAAUUCGCACGUAUUUCGCGCGAGCAGCGUUUUUUUUUCCCGCUCUUAUCCGCGAACGUGGUGUCCAGCGCGUACAGUGUGUGUGUUAUGCGAACGUGGUGUUGUCCCGGUGGCACCCGGAGCCCGUCCUCUGCUGGGAAUUACAGACGCGACUGACUCACCGCUCUCGAGUCUCAGAGAUAACGCAAGGUGACGAGUUGACGGGCUGAGCUGAACGAUUUAGGUAACUCAGAACGAUGGAGGGUAUCGGCAAGAUGGAAAGUGAAUAUAGCGUAUUUUGCGAGGAGGAAUUGUUCCCCGAGGAUCAGCUCUUAGCCGUGGAGAAGCUAGACGAGAACGACCUCGACGAGACAAUUCAAGAUAUGCCGGUGAAUGUAGCUAGCCAUGACUUAGAAGAAUUAGAUGAUUACAGUGUCAUUGCAUAUGACAACUCCAUUUUAUACAAUAAUGUAUUCUUGUCGGAUCUGCAUUCGCCGCAACGCUAUCCCAGCAACACACUUAUGUCAGAUUCGCAGAUUGAUGCAAUUUCCAAACAGCGUUGCAACUACUACAGGUCUCUUAUAGCAAAUCAUUUUUUUAACGUAGAUAGCUUGCAGAUAAUAAAUAAUAAUCCUUCUGAAUCAAUAAUAACAGAAGAAGAACAACAAACUGUUAAUAUUAAAGAAGAUUCUAUUAUACCAUUUAAAAUAACUGAUAAUACAGUAAAAACGGACAUAGAGGUUAACACUGUACAAGAAGAAAUACAGGAAACAGAAUUUAAAUGUCCAACAACUCUGCCUGUAUUAACUCACGAACUAAAUAAGAGAAAAACUCGAAAUGCAAAACGCAAAAAUAAAAGAAAAGAUUCAGUUACAAAAAUAAAUUUAAAUAUUAAGUCAGAGGAACAAGAAGAUUGCAUAGAUGUUGAAACUAUACCACAAGAUGAAGUACCAGUUCUGGAAGCAGUCGAUGUAAAUAGUUUGUUGGAAAAAUUUGAGGCUUCUGAAAAUUCAAAUCUGUGCAAUAAAUCGACCGUCAAAAAUAAUCACAUUUAUGACACGAGAUCGAACAAAACGUGUCGAGUGACUCAAGAGUGCCGGACCGACGUAACGGAGAAAUCCGUUUCCCAAGCUUCCAAUCAACCGACAGUUGUACAGACCUCGAUCUUAUCCAAAAACGUAAUCAACAAAAUAAAACCAUUGGAACGUAAAAGAACUAUUCCGAUUGCUGCUAUGCCAAAUAUACAGGGUAAAAAUCGUAGUGCACGAAUGCAAGACGGAGCUCCUUCUAACAAGGUUUUGAAGACAAGUUCUACAGUAUUGAACAAUGUUAACAGUAGAUCAUUCAGUAGUACUUCGAUUCAGUUGGAUCACGAUUAUUGUAAUGCCAAUUUUCAUACUAACGAUAUGAGCUGCAAUAGCAACAAAAAUGCGAAACACACAUCCAUAUUAAAAUCGAGCCAAAAUAAAAACUGGGACAAAUUCGAAGAACAUGACAAUAAUGUCAAUUCGAAUGAACAAUGCAAUUCCGAGCUGGCUAAUGUAUGUGUCGCUAGUCAGAAAUCAAGGCAGAAGUUAUCAGUCUUAAAAAAUAAAAUCAAUGAUAAUUGGCUCGAAAAUAAUAGUAAAGACUGUCAAAAAGAGACUCCUUCGAAACAACCUGAAACAGAUGAUGACUCAUCAAAUAAUUCAUCAUCUGUUAAAGAUAUAAAUGUUAUGGCCGAACAUCCUACCACAUCUCUUCCGGUCAUACGUUCAGCUCUAGCUAACAGAAUUAUUCAGAGAGAUCUACAAGCGCAUAGGAGUGUACUCUCUAAAACGAAUAUUGCGAUUUCUAAAACACAAUACAUUUCCGUACUCAAGAAUCCGCCAAACGCACCACAGUCGUCAUUAAAUAAUUUAAAUGAAAAUAUAGUGACCACUACAGACAGUUUAAAUAACAAAAUAGAAAAUGUAAUUGUACAAAAUACCGAAGACACGCUGCUGUAUAAAAAAGAAGAGACAAACGCCCCUCAAAAAAAGAAAAUUUUAAAUCUAGACGAAUAUUAUAACAGGAAGGAUAAAAAUCGCAAUAACAAAAUAACAGCAAAACCAUCUCCAACGAAAUUAGUGGCCAUUUUUCAUGUUUCAACUAAUUUGAAUGUACCGAUCAAUAGAAAUAAUCCUAAGGCUUCGUUUUGCUGUGAGAGAGAGUACACUCAGAUUACGAAAAAAAUAUCAGAAAUAAUCGAAGAGAAAAACAAGCCAAAACCAUCUACUCGCGAUAUAAAAAUAGGAACAGAUGAACCUGUCUUCGAAUUUUUAAACCCAAUGAAGGAAAAUGUUGAAGAUCUUGAGAAGAACGAUGAAAAAAGGCAAGAAAGUACGAGGAAUAAACAAAAGUCCUACGAAAGCGAAGAUCACAAUAUCGGCUCAAACAAACAGUGCAAUUUGGAGUCGGCUAAUAUAUGUAACGCUAGUGAGAAACUAGCAGUCUUGGAAAAUAAAAUGAAAGAUAAUUUACUUGAGAAUAAUCGUGAAGAUGGGCGAAAAGACAAAAGGGUAUCCAGCAGUUCGAGUCGAUCCAGAUCAAAAAGCAGAAGCAGAAGCAGGAGUAGAAGUCGAAGGAGAAGGAGUAGGGAUAGAAGGAGGAGCAGAAGCAGGAGUAAAAGCAGAAGUCGAAGCAGGAGAAGUAAGAGCAGAGCUAGAAAUAGGAACAGAAGCAGUAGCAGUGAUCCAAGUAGUAGGAGCACAAGCCGAAGCAGAAGCAGAAGCAGCAGUAGGAAUAGGAGAUCUCGUCGACGUAGCAACACCCGCCGACGAACAAUAAGUCAUCGACGCAGCUCGGUCACCAGUUGGUCGUCUUCCUCGAGAUCAAAAUACUCGUCACGUUCCAGAUCUCGCUCCCGUGUCCGCUCCAGAUCCAGAUCUCGAUCUUCCGGGCGAUAUUAUUCCAGUCGUUCGAGGUCUCCCUCGAGUCUUAGAAGGGGCAGAUCGUCUAGUCACGAAAGGAAGAAUCGUGAAAGAAGCUGCGACAGAUACGAGAGACGUUCCUUCGCCUAUCGUUACGACCACAGAAACAGAUCACCACGUAACUAUCACAAACCCUACGACAAUUGGUACGACAGGGAGAAGCAAAGCGAAGUGGAAGAACGAAGAGUGGUAUUCGUAGGACGCAUAGAGGAAGGAAUUACCAAAGCUGAUUUACGUAGAAGAUUUGAGACAUUCGGACCUGUUAUAAAUAUCAGUCUACAUUUUCGUGAACGUGGCGAUAAUUAUGGUUUCGUCACUUUUAAAUACAACACCGAUGCGUACCGUGCCGUGGAGCACGGUAAUGACGAUCCAUCUUUACCGAGAUACGACCUAUCUUUCGGGGGACGUAGAGUCUUCUGCAAAUCCACGUACACCGAUCUUGACAAUAUGGGAAACAAUUCACCCAGGCCUCAAAAUAUAAGUGAUGUGCCCUACGACAUUCUUUUGAAAGAGACAGUACAAAUGUGUAAACGAAAAGUUUGACAUACGUACUGUCUAAUUGUUUUAAAUAUAAUUUAAAUAACGAUCCCGAUCAUAUCUGUAAUAUAGUUCUGUCUCUAUUUAAAAUAUCAAUAUGACGAUUAUUGAUAUUAUAACAAAGGGAUAUGAUAACAAAGGGUUAUAAAUCAGUUUUCCCUCUAUUACAUUCCCCACUCGAGGAGAAACGAUUUAAAAAGAGAUACGCUUUAAUUUUGUGUUCUUUUUCUAACGGAUCGCAAAUAUUAAGAUUAAUAAUUAAAUAGGGACCGCACAUCUAUUACGUCUAUGAUCACGAUGUAUAAAUUAAAUUUGAAAGAAAAAAAAAAUACGCACUCGUAUCUAUGUGUACAGUGUGUUUCGGUGCUGCUCCUUUACAAUAAUAAAUAGUAAAAUAUUAUAGGAGCAUGUGAACACUUGAAAUUUCCGAUUAUCCGAUUUUUUAGUCUAGUCAGAUAUUUAUUUUCUCAGCUUGCCAAAUCUUAUUAAAUUUUCUGAAAAACAAUUAUACAUUUUGUUAAUUUUCUUAUUGCAUUUCAUUAUACAAUUUUUUAAUAUGGCACGGAUAAUCGAAAAUAUUCAAGUAAACGAGUUUUAGCAAGUACCUGAUCUUGUUGAGAAUUUUCGAACUCGACUCAUCAUGAACUUUGCUAACUGUACGUUUCUAGAAAGUUAAUGAUGCGACGAGAGGCAAGCUUUGCCUUAAUAUGUUUCAAAAUUUUCGGAAACGUGAAAAAGCAAUGAAGUAUAGAGAUACAUAAAUUUACUUUAAAACGAUUUCACGUUAUAGAUUCAAUCUCCAACCGCGAAAA